AUGCCUGCUUUCACUGCUGCGGAUACAAUCCGUAUCCUAGUCUCAACAGAUAACCAUGUCGGAUACAAUGAGCGCGACCCUGUUCGUGGGGACGAUAGCUGGAAGAGCUUCCAUGAAGUUAUGUGUUUGGCCAAAGAGCGUGACAUUGAUAUGGUGCUCCUAGCCGGUGAUCUUUUUCAUGAGAACAAACCAUCUCGGAAAUCCAUGUAUCAGGUCAUGCGAUCGCUACGGAUGAACUGUUAUGGCGACAAGCCUUGCGAACUGGAGAUGCUAAGCGAUGCAAGCGAAAAUUUCCAGGGCGCUUUCAAUCACGUCAACUAUGAGGAUAUGGAUAUCAAUGUUGCUAUCCCCGUGUUCUCUAUCCACGGGAACCACGAUGACCCAUCUGGCGAGGGUCAUCUUGCCGCCCUUGAUAUCCUACAGGUUUCUGGUCUUGUUAACUACUACGGUCGUACUCCAGAAUCAGACAAUAUCCAAGUGAAGCCCAUCCUCCUCCAAAAAGGCCGAACAAAGUUGGCACUGUACGGCAUGAGCAACGUAAGAGAUGAACGGCUUUUUAGAACUUUCCGAGACGGGAAAGUGAAGUUCUUCCAGCCUUCGCUCCAGAAGUCCGACUGGUUCAAUCUAAUGUGCGUACACCAAAAUCAUCACGCACAUACAGAAACAGGCUAUCUGCCUGAAAACUUCUUGCCCGAUUUCCUUGACCUUGUUAUUUGGGGCCAUGAACAUGAAUGUCUCAUCGAACCUCGUUUGAAUCCUGAAACAAAUUUCCAUGUUAUGCAGCCAGGUUCCUCGGUUGCUACGUCGCUUGUUCCUGGGGAAGCAGUAUCUAAACAAGUGGCUAUCCUCAGUAUUACAGGUCGUGAAUUCAAAACUGAACCAAUUCGGCUAAAAACAGUCCGCCCUUUCGUCACGCGGGAGAUCGUCCUCCAUGAAGAAAAAGAGGCACGAAGACUCGGGAGGAAGGAAAACAACCGGACAGAACUGACACGUUUCCUAAUGGGUAUCGUCGAAGAGCUGAUCGAAGAGGCAAAAAAAGAGUGGAUCGAGGCACAAGAUGACCCAGAUAAUGAAGAACUUGAGAUCCCCCUACCUCUCGUUCGGUUGAGAGUGGAAGUUUCGUCACCUGAUGGGGGCAGCUUUGACUGCGAAAAUCCUCAACGGUUUUCGAAUCGAUUUAUUGGCAAAGUUGCCAAUGUCAAUGAUGUUGUCCAGUUUUAUCGUAAGAAGAAGACUGUCACAGGACUCCGACGCGGUGAGACAGACGCUCCAGACGAGGGGGUCAUUUCGCAUCUCUCUUCACUUGAUUCAGUCAAGGUAGAAAAGCUGGUUCGCGAGUUCUUAAUGGCACAGUCCCUGACUAUUCUCCCCCAAAAUUCGUUUGGGGAUGCUGUAUCCCAGUUCGUUGACAAAGACGACAAACACGCGAUGGAAAUGUUUGUGAAUGAGUCCCUGGAGAGCCAAAUCAAGCACUUAUUAGCCCUCGACCAAGAGCAGGAUGAAGAUGACAUGGAUUAUGGCUACGGAGAGGGGCAAAGUAAGAUUCAAGUUGCCAUGGACAAAUACCGAGCUCAGCUAGAAGAAAUGUUCGCAAAAGGUAGCCAAAGACGCGCUCGCGGGGCAAGAAGGUUCAAACCGAAACCUGAUGGUUGGGACAGCGAGUUUGACGGACCUUGGGAAGACCAGCCUGGUGCACUCAUUCAUUCAGAUAACGAAGCCGAGGACAAUCAGCAACAGGGCGCUCCUCCCCGGAGAGGGGCGUCCGCAACAGGCAGAACCAGAGGUCGAGGAGGCAGCACGGCAAAGUCUCCUCCUGCACGAGCUACAAAUCCACGAAAAGCAACCAUCCCCACUGCCCGUACCAGCAUAAGUACCCGCGGCCGUCGCCGUCAAACAGCGUUGUCGGAUGACGACGACGACGAUGAGGAUGACGAUGAGCAGCAGCAAGAAGAUCCAAUUCCGCUAGACAACAUCAGUGAAGAUGACGAGGGUGAUUCUGACUCCCUAUUUGUCAGACAAACCCGUGCGCAGCAGCCCAUGCGAAGACGAACCUCUUCAACUUCCACCGCCACCACUAAAACAACAACUAGAAAAGCUCACUCUCGCAGCUCCGCAGCUACAGGGUCAAAGAAGUCCCAAUCAACACACUCUUUUGCGCGCUCACAGGCAAGCCAGAGCCAGACGCUAGGCGGUACAGGCGCAGCCACAGGCACAAGUUUUUUGGUUGGCAAAAGGCCGAGUCGUGCCGCGGCCAGCCGCGCCACGCGAAGUGCCAGUGUGCUAAGUGACGAUAUUGAAAAUGAUGAUGAUGAUGACGACGAUGCGUUUGAUCCUGCGCCACCUGUUAGCAGUUUACGCAGCUCGAGAAGGAGAUAA